AUGUCGGACUCCGACGACAACGAUCCACAGGAGGUCUUUGAUCCUAGCGCGGAUCUGCUCCUAGAGAUCGCUUCCAAUUCAUCUGGCGGUCGGCGCAAGAGCCUCCGCCUAGCUGAACAACAUCCCGGAUCCCGCACAGACGAAGCUGACAUGCUCAUCGCACAGCUACGGGACCAAGGCAUCACACCAGCCCCAGGCCUGCUUCCUGCCCAGCUCCGGGAUCUAGCAGACUACGUGUCCCUUCAACCUGGUCCCAGCUCCGUCCCAUCUAACCCAGCCGACUUCUCCGCCGCGCCUGCCCGCGGGCGCAAACGAACCAGGAAAGCGGCUCCAUCCAAGGCCCCCACGGCUAAGAUAAGUAACCCACCAGCCCGUCCCCGUGCGCCGGCACCCAUCCCAGCUCCAGGCGACAUGCUAACAACCACCUUGCAGUCCCUGGCCUCAACUUUACAAAACAUCGACAACCGGCUGGAGACGCUCGAAAACGCGGCACACUUCGCCUCAUCCUCAAACACCAGCGCUCCGCAGUUCUCGUUAGCACAAACAGCCACGCACACGCUCUCCCUACCCAGCGAAAACCCUCAACACACCUUGGCCUCAGCUGUCCCGGCGCCCGGUAUAGGUAGGCCGUACAUCCCUCAGGCUGCAAACAUUUCAGCACGCCUCCGAUCAAAAAUCCUACAAGGCAAAGACAUAAACUUAGUCAGCCUCAUCCUGCCAUCGCCAGAGUGCGAUAAAACAAUUGCAGCAGGAGAAAACCUAACCGCGGUGUUCAAAACCACCGAUCCACGCCUAAUCAGAGAUCUGUCAAUUGGACAAUUCCUUAUUGCCUUCAGUAUCUUCCGCGACACAAUAUGCUCCGUCUACCCCCGAACGGAGACAGGAAUUAGACGCAUACUUGGUUUCCACGUGGGGGUCCCGUCCUCUCCCACCGUCACAUACGUGGCAAAAAAUCUCCAGUCCGCAAUCAAGGAACCAGGAAUUGUUUCUCAGUUGCUCGAGAAAGAAGUGGGAAAAGGCUACAUCAUCGGUCCAUUUAAAUCCUCUCCAUUCGCAGUGUUUCGCUCAAACCCCAUAGGCAUAGCCACACGGAAAUAUUCUGGAAAAAAGAGACUAAUUUUCGAUCUCUCAGCCCCCCGAACCGGCCCCUUCGCAAGCAUAAACAGUACCAUCCCGAUAGAACGAUUUAAAAUCAUCCCCGUACAUCCCUCACAGUGGAAUCUGCUCGGCGUCCGAUGGGAAUCCAAAUUCUACUUCGCGGUACGCCUGACCUUCGGGUGCAGGAGUAGUCCAAGCAUAUUCAACCACCUGUCCGAGGCGCUGUGCUGGAUCCUGCUGAACAGAGUGAGAGUCCCCUCUGUUCUCCAUCUCCUGGAUGAUUUUCUCCUGGUAGAUUCCCCGCAAGACAGCUCAGGCGCGUCUCUCAAAAAAUUGAAAUGCUGUUUUCAAUCACUCGGUGUACCCCUGUCGGAAGAAAAAACAAUAGGCCCAGAUACACGGCUGGAAUUCCUGGGCAUCACAUUAAAUUCCAUCGAAAUGAAAGCGUCCCUCCCAUCAGAGAAAUUACUACGCAUUCGCGAAAUCGCAAAAACAUACAGCGACGCAAUAAACAUCACCAAGCAGCAGCUGCUCUCUCUCCUUGGUCACCUGAACUUCGCUAUGCGUGUAAUUCCCCAAGGACGCUCCUUCAUCUCCCGUCUCCUGGAAACCGCAACCUCCGUUCCGAAUCUUCACGACAAAAUAUCGCUCGACGAAGGACGCCGAUCCGACCUGCGGUUCUGGUCCCACCUGCUCGACCAUUGGAACGGUGUCACUUUUUUUUAUGAAGACCUGGUUCACUCCUCCGACUCAAUACAGUUAUUCACGGAUGCCGCCCCAUCCGUGGGUUUUGGGGGUUUCUUCCAAGGCCAGUGGUUCGCCAGCCGCUGGCCUCCCUCCUUCCCAACACACAACUUAUCUUCCGCUUUAUCUGAAAUCUACCCCAUUGCCGUCGCAUGCCACAUCUGGGGACAGCAUUGGGCACGUAAGCGAAUCUCGGUCCUCUGUGACAACCAAACGGUGGUGAACAUAAUCAAUAAGGGGCGGUCCUCAUGCAAAAUCAUCAUGCCAUUCAUGAGAAGCAUCACGUGGUCUGCCGUUACACAUAAUUUUAUCAUCACUGCAUGUCACGUACAAGGGCAUUUCAACACCCUCGCUGAUUCUCUUUCCCGUUUUAAUUUUCAGACAUUCCGACGUCUCUGUCCAGAAGCCUGCUCCAGCCCAAUUCCAGUUCCUCCUCUCCACGUUCUCUCUCUCUAUUAA